CACUUUUCUCUUCCAUUCACAUCCUUCUGUCUACUUCCGUGUCGACACUCCUUCCUCGUCGCAUCCGAAGAGAAUCAUCCAAUAAACUUCAUCGGUUUCGCCACCGCCCACCACCACCACCACCACCACCAGAUAUCACAAUGUCGGAUAAAGCAGCGAGAAGGGCCAGGUUCGAGGGUGCUUGGAAUGAGAUUCGGGAUGAGAUCCUUGCCUACUUCCAAGGCGAGCAUAUGCCUCCCGAGGCCGUCGAAUGGUACAAGAACAACCUUGACUACAACGUCCCGGGUGGCAAGCUCAACCGUGGCAUGUCCGUUUGUGACACUGUCCAGAUCCUCAAGGGACGUGAGCUCACCGAUGAAGAAUACAAGCGCGCAGCUGUUUUGGGAUGGUGUGUCGAGCUGCUCCAAGGCUUCUUCCUGGUUUCCGACGACAUCAUGGACGCUUCCAUCACUCGCCGCGGCCAGCCUUGCUGGUAUCGCGUGCCCAAGGUCGGCAUGCUGGCGAUCAACGACAGCUUCAUGCUCGAAGCUCCAAUUUACUGGUUGAUCAAGAAGUACUUCAGACGCGAGUCCUUCUACGCUGACCUCGUCGAUCUCUUCCACGAGACUACCUACCAAACCGAGAUGGGUCAACUCGUCGAUCUGAUCACUGCUCCCGAAGACGUCGUCGACCUGUCCAAGUUCUCGUUGGAGAGACAUCGUUUGAUCGUCGUCUACAAGACCGCUUACUACAGUUUCUACCUCCCCGUCGCAUGCGCGAUGAUGAUCUGCGGCAUUCCUUUCCCCGAGAAGGAGCCCAGGUUCGAUUUCCUCAACGGUGGAUUCGGUGGAGCACCCCUUGACCCAACCGCCGACCCCUACACGACCGCCCUCAGCAUCCUCAUCCCUCUCGGCGAGUACUUCCAGGUGCAGGACGACUACCUCGACUACUCCGCCCCUCCCGAAGUCCUCGGCAAGAUCGGCACCGACAUCAUCGACAAUAAAUGCUCCUGGGUCGUCAACGCCGCCCUCGUCCUCACCGCCCCUGCCCACUCGCCAUCUGCUUCUGCUUCCACCCCCUUCGCUCCUACUGCCUCUGGCUCUCUAGCCACCUCCAACCUCUCCGAGGAACGCAAGGCCGAGCUCAGGAAGAUCCUCGACGACAACUACGGCAAGAAGAGCAAGGAGAACGAGGAGAAGGUCAAGGAGGUGUACCGCGAGUUGGAUAUCGCCGCCCACUACAAGCGGUAUGAGGAGGGUGUCGUGGGCGAGGUGAGAAGGCGAAUCGCGAGCGUCGACGAGGCUAAGACUGGGUUGAAGCGGGAUGUCUUCACCAGCUUCUUGGAGAAGAUCUACGGCAGGAGCAAGUAAACUAGAGUCGGACGGGUGAAAUGGUGGGAUGUGACCACCGUAGGGCUAGAAGUUCUAACUGCACGUCGAUCUUCUGGAUCUCGUGCGUGAAAUUAACGAAUCAAAGUAUAGACUAAUAUCAUGUAUUUAGGUCCCGCUUCGAAUGGGAAUAACAAUUGGUGACAUGGCGGUUGUCU